CUUCCCCGCCAGGCUGCGUGAGCUGCACUACCAACAACACGAGCAGGCGCGUGUCAUCCUCCACGCGGGACAAAUUCCACAUCCAAAGCAGCAACAUGGCGACAGAGUUCCACAGCCUCCAGGAGAUGAGGCGCAGUGCUUCACUGGUGAUGAAAGUGUUCAUACAGAGAGACUACAGCGAAGGUACCGUCUGUCGAUUCCAGACCAAGUUUCCCUCUGAGCUUGACAACAGGAUCGAGCGGAACUUGCUGGAGGAAACGGUCAAAACCCUGAACUCGUACUAUGUGGAGGCUGAAAAAAUCAGCGGACAGUCUUACCUGGAGGGAUGUCUGGCUUGUGCAACGGCAUACAUCAUUUUCCUCUGCAUGGAAACACGCUAUGAAAAGGUUCUGAGGAAGAUCACCAGUUACAUCCAGGAACAGAACGAGAAAAUCUACGCUCCUCGAGGGCUGCUGCUCACCGACCCCAUCGAGAGGGGAAUGAGAGUUCUGGAAAUCAGCGUGUUCGAGGACCGAGGCUCGGGCAGUUCCAGCCCCUCCAGCAGCGUGUCUUCUGCAGGAGGAAGCGCUCGAUGACUGGAGGGCCAGCGCCAGGCUUAUGGGUACAUGCACCACGGAGGAAGCGGCACGCUCGCCAACAUCCGCAUGCUGAAACACGAGAGCACCCGCUUCUGAGACAUGAUGAAGAAAUACUCCAUACUGAGAACUAACAACAUACCACCUCGGGAAGCGGGAGGAACGCACACUUGAUAAAUAUAAGAGUAAAACCGUACAUAGUCAUGUGACUCAUCCAUUUCUCAUGAGUCAACUGCUGAUUCAGCAGGCUUAUACGUAAUUAGUGAGUGUUAAUUGACUGAAGAGCAGCAAUUCAAACAUGCAACAAGAAAACUUAAUAAGGUCAAACCGGGCCUACUGUAGCACUGCAAGCUUCAUUUUUUAAUGUAUUUAGCAGAUUGAAUUUUUGGAUUAUUUAUACCAAUCACAUGUACACUAAUGGAGAAUGUCGAAAUGUCCGAACCACAGCUGCAAAUCACUCCCACGCAAACAGAAAAAUUCCAAAUAUUCUUAGCGAUACACAUUGGAAUAAGGACGUGCACACUCAUGAAUAAGCACACAGCUGUCGUGAAUCGCCUUGCAUUCCUGCACACACACAAUUGGCAGACACUGUCUCGACCUGGCCUCAGUAUUCUCUGAGGUUCCCAUUCAGUGCUUGUUUGUUUAGUUGUGUGUGUGAGAGAGAGAGAGAGAGAGCGCGCGAGAGAGUGUGUUAUCUCAUGUGCCAUCAAGCAAAAAUAAAUAGAUUAAUUUAUGAGAAAUGUCGGGCAAAUUUUGACAUUCCUGAUCUAAAAUAUCAAAUUUAAAGUGUAUAAACACAUUGAAUAUUUAUUUGUUGAUUGAUUGAAAACAGUUAGUGUGAGUAUUACACAGUUCUAGCGCCAUCUAGGGAACUGGUGGUGGCAUUCAAGUUUUAAUUUCAUUCAUUCAUUCAUUCAUUCAUUCAUUCAUUCAUUCAUUCAUUUUCGACCGCUUUUCCUCACGAGGGUCGCGGGGGGUUGCUGGAGCCUAUCCCAGCUGUCUUCAGGCGAGAGGCGGGGUACACCCUGGACUGGUCGCCAGCCAAUCACAGGGCACAUAUAGACAAACAACCAUUCACACUCACAUUCAUACCUAUGGACAAUUUGGAGUCACCAAAUGUGGAAUGUGGGAGGAAACCGUAGUACCCGGAGAAAACCCACGCAUUCACGGGGAGAACAUACAAAGCCGAGGGUGGAAUCGAACCCUGGUCCUCCUAGCUGUGAGGUCUGCGCGCUAACCACUCGACCGCCAUGCCGCCCCAAGUUUUAAUUUAUAAUCAUAAAACCAAAUAUUCCCUAUAGAAUUGUUGCUUGAGUCUUGCUGCAGCCUCAGUGGAUCAGUAAAAUAACAAUAAAUAACACAGAAGAUGAAGCUACACUGUGCAUCCUCCUGAGCUUUUCAUGCCUUCAUGUUUCAUCCCAGUGGAUGGUACCCAACCUGGUGCUGACGGACUGAUUUAAAGACUCACUACGAAGCCACAAACAGGCUUCUUGGACAAUGUAUAUAAGAAAUAGAAAGAAGGUAUAUGCAGCAUAUACUCUACUGUACCAAAUGAAUAAUGCUGCAUAUGAGAGAUUGUGUACUUGGUAAUAAUGAUUGUGCUUUAUACGCAUUUUCAUACACUCUGAAUAUCUGUAUGCAUAAUUCUGAGCAGAAAAUAUGUACAUUUUGAAAAAGAAGUUUAUUCACUUUGUGGAAACUGUAAAAUAUCACUUUUCUCAGUCAUGUCAUGUCAUGUAUAUGAAGAGAAAUAUUGCCUAUUUUUCAUAUUACCUAAAAAAAUACAUAUUUUUCAUGGAUUUAAUUUUAUACAUGACAUAACAUAAUAUGUAAAUAUGAAAAACGUACUGUAUUUUAUCAGAUAGUGGCUACAGGUUUUGAUUUAUGAUAUGAGAUUACAUGAGUGGUAUUGGUUCCAUCCAUAUAUUUUCUAUGCGGCUUAUCCUUAUUAUUGAGUAUGAUGGAGCCUAUCCCAGCUGACUUUGGGUGAGGGACAGGUUGCAUCCUAGACUUGUAUAUGUAUGUCCUAUUUAAUUGUAUAAUAUGAAUAACAAGUACUAAUUUACUAUCGUAAAAAUUUUGUGUUAAAUCAAAAUUAAUUUUACAAUUGUGUUUAAUAAUAACAAAUGACUGGCAGAUUGCAAUAAAAACUACUCAAAAAACUGUUUGAAGACUGCUUUUCUCUUAAAGAGGACCUAUUAUGUUCAUUUUCGGUCCUAUGUAUUGAGUUGUGGACUCUUACAGAGAAGCUAUACACACCGGCAGAGAAAGCUUUCUAGAUCUUCCAGAUUCUGCACCCCGCUCAAAUGAGCUGUUUA